CGGGCUGGGCGGAGCGCAGGGACCCGGGCUGCGGGCGCCGCGGCUCAGGCAGCGCAGUGGGCGCCUCGGGGCGGGGCUGCGACACACUGCACGGGCCCAUGUCGGCGGCGGCGCUGGGACUCCGGGGCGGGAUUCUCCCCGCGCUCCUUCGGUCGCCGCGGACCGCUCCUGGCGGCUGCCGGAACCUCUCAGCCAUGUCUGCAGAAUCUCAUUGGUUAACAGCAGAAGAAAGGAACCAAGUUAUUCAUGACCUCAAAGCCUCAGGAUGGUCAGAAUUAAAUGAAAGAGAUGCUAUAUAUAAAGAAUUCUGUUUCAAAAAUUUUAAUCAGGCUUUUGGGUUUAUGUCCCGAGUGGCACUACAAGCAGAAAAGAUGAAUCACCACCCUGAAUGGUUCAAUGUGUAUAACAAGGUAUUAUCAAUGGUCCAGAUAACUCUUAUUUCGCAUGACUGUGGUGGACUGACCAAGAGAGAUAUAAAACUGGCUCAGUUUAUUGAUAAAGCGGCUGCUUCUGUUUAACGUCUUGCAAACCACAUACAAAUAACAUGAAAAUCUCAAGUACAAAAUAUGUUGAAGGCAAUUUACAUGACCAGUGAAUUUUGAAAUUUCUGAUUUACCUUGUACUAAGAUGAAGAUGUCUUACAAUAAGGUCUUAAAUAUUAAAAUGAUUAGAACUUUUGUCUGGA